AUUUAGUUUGCCCGUAGCGGAUCAAAAGUCCUUUGCGAACCCUUUUUGGUUACCUUCUCCGUUCAACCAAAUACCCUCCUAAAACCCUUGCCUCUGCCUCGACACCCUUUUCUCUCUAUUUGCAGUUUUCAAUUCAACAUGGCGAACAAAAGACAGAAAUUUGCUCGCAAGCAAUACAAAGAAGCACACCCUGAGCUUUUUCCGACCCCACAGCCAACCCAAGCGAAAGACCCAGACAAGAAGAAGAAGAAGAAAUAUAAGAAGAGCCAGUUCAAGCGCAAAAAAGAAGAGUCCAAAGAGCCCAAACACCUUAAUAAACCCUACAAAAAAGGGAUUAGAAAACACCCACUUAGAAUUCCCGGCAUGAAGCCUGGUGAAAGUUGCUAUAUAUGUAAAGCCAAAGAUCAUAUCGCCAAGCUUUGCCCCCAAAAAGCUCAAUGGGAUAAACAUACGAUAUGUUUGCUCUGUCGUCAUCGUGGACACAGUUUGAAGAACUGCCCUGAGGUUAUGGAUAAAAAGUUGUGUUAUAAUUGUGGAGAAACUGGACAUUCUCUAUCGAAAUGCCCUCAACCUCUUCAAGAUGGGGGGACUAAGUUUGCCAAAUGUUUUAUCUGUAAGGAAAUUGGACAUUUGAGCAAGAGCUGCCCAAAAAAUACUCAUGGAGUCUAUCCAAAGGGUGGUUGUUGCAAAAUAUGUGGUGGUGUAAGCCAUUUAGCCAAAGAUUGUCCUGAUAAAGGCAAAAAAGCAUCUGCUGCAGCUACCAGAGGUUGUGCAUCAUUUGAACAUGGAGAAAGGCCUACAGGGCAGGUGACAAAAUUCAUUAGUGGGGAUGAUCUUGAGGAUGACUUCGUUACAGCUGACUUUGCAUCAACAGAAAAUGAUGCUUCUGAUGCAAAAGAUGCGAACUCGGCAUCUGGAAUGGCUGUGCAUGAUGAAUGUAAGCUGAAAUUUCUGGAGCUAAAAGCAAAGAGGAACUACCGGUUCAUCGUUUUCAAGAUUCAGGACCAACAGGUGGUGGUAGACAAGGUCGGCAGCCCUCAAGAGACCUAUGAUGAUUUCCAAGCUUCUCUGCCUGCCGAUGAGUGCCGCUAUGCUGUCUUUGAUUUUGAUUUCAUUACUAGUGAGAACUGUCAGAAAAGCAAAAUUUUCUUCAUUGCAUGGUCUCCCGAUACAUCAAAGGUGAGAAGUAAGAUGGUGUAUGCCAGCUCUAAAGACAGAUUCAAGAGGGAAUUGGAUGGCAUUCAAGUGGAGUUGCAGGCAACAGAUCCUAGUGAAAUGAGCUUUGACAUUAUAAAAGGCCGGGCGCUGUGAACGCUACUCCUGCGUUUCUAUUCUCCAAACAUUCACCCUGUCCUAAGCAUUACGUUUUGUGAGCAUUGUUUAUUAUUUGUACUUUUAAGAAAUUUUCCUCUUAAACAUUUUCAUUUUUUGCUGUGUGGGUUUUACAAUUUGACUGUGUAGUUUGAAUGUACUAAUAUUAUCCA